GCAAUAUAAAAAUCAAAGUCAUUGCACAGCAGCGUGUGUUAUAUAAAAUAGUGCAGCGCAAGCGGUUUGCAAACAUAUAAAUUUUUACACACACAGAGAAGAGAAAAAGUGGUUGCCAUUUUGCCGGCUUGGAAUAGGAGCAAGAGGAAGAGUGCGGGAGAGAUCGAGCUUAUCUUUUUGCAGCUUAGAACAAUGAAAAGCGCUAUCAAUCUAAUUAUAAUUGCUGCAGUUUGCUGCGCAGCAGCUGCGGCAGAACAGAGGCCCUAUCGCAAGAGCUUUGUGAAUCCCUAUCCACGAUUCAAGCUCCACAAUGAUGGCGUAGAUCCUGGCGAGCCGCUGUUUCUGACACCGCUAAUACACAAUGAAUCCAUACCGAGGGAACAGGUGCAAAAAAUGGCACGCGUGGUGGGAUCGCAAUUUCAUGGCGUGGAAAGCUAUGCAGGUUAUUUAACUGUGGAUCGAGCAUAUAAUUCAAACAUGUUUUUCUGGUACUUCCCAUCUGAAACGGAUCCCAACUAUGCGCCUGUUGUGCUAUGGCUGCAAGGUGGACCAGGCGCCAGUUCUCUUUUUGGGCUCUUUACGGAGAAUGGUCCCUUGGAGUUGGAUGGACAGGGAAAACUUCAAAAGCGUAACUAUACCUGGACCAAGACACAUAAUGUGAUCUACAUUGAUAAUCCGGUGGGCACUGGCUUUAGUUUUACGGACAAUGAUAAGGGCUAUGCUCGCAAUGAACUCGAUGUCGGGCGUAAUCUGCACGAGGCGAUGAUGCAGCUUUACGAGCUCUUCGAAUGGGGCAACACUACCGGUUUUUGGGUAACAGGCGAAUCCUAUGCUGGCAAAUAUGUCCCCGCCCUGGCGCAUCAUAUACACAAAGUGCAGAAUGCGAUAGAGACGCGCGUGUAUAUACCACUCAAGGGUGUGGCCAUUGGAAAUGGACUCUCGGAUCCAGUGCAUCAAAUGAAGUAUGGCGAUUAUCUCUAUCAAUUGGGUCUGAUUGACGAUCAUGGCCUGGAUCAGUUUCAUGCAGCGGAGAAACAGGGCAUCGACUGCAUUAAUAAGCACGACAUGGAGUGCGCCUUUAAUGUCUUUGAUUCUCUUAUCAAUGGCGACAUGACCAACGGAUCCAUCUUUAGCAAUCUCACGGGCUACAAUUGGUACUACAACUAUUUAAACACCCAUGCGGAUGACUCCGCAAGCAUGGGUAAAUUUUUACAAUCAGGCGCCACACGUCGCGCUAUCCAUGUCGGUAAUAUGCCUUUCCAUGACCUGGACACUGAGAACAAAGUGGAGGAGCAUUUAAAGCUUGAUGUUAUGGACAGUGUAGCGCCGUGGAUUGCAGAACUUUUGAAUUUCUAUACGGUUUGCAUUUAUAGCGGACAAUUGGAUAUCAUUGUAGCCUAUCCAACGACUCGUAACUAUCUCAAGCAGCUUAAAUUCCCAGGCGCAGACAAAUAUAAGGUUGCUAAGCGUGAAAUCUGGCGCAUUGAUGGAGAAAUUGCUGGUUAUGUCAAGCAUGCCGGCCAUCUGGUAGAGAUUAUGAUAAGAAACGCUGGACACAUGGCUCCUCAUGAUCAGCCCAAAUGGCUGUACGAGAUGAUCAAUCAUCUAACUCAUUAUAAGCAUUAGAAGGGAAUUCAAAUGUUAUCUAAAUAAAGUAAUACCAUUAAGCAUACAAUAUAAUGUAUACAAUACAAGGUAUGCUAAGGGUAAUACCGAAAUUAAAAAA